AUGGCUUGCCAUCAAAGAUCUGCAAGCGCGCCUUCGAGCCCUCGCUCGAACAAUUCGGAAGUUGAGCAGCAGCUCCAGAGUCUGAGCGCAACAAUCUCAGCAACCGUUGACAUCGAUACAACAUGCAAUAGUUUGAAGAAGCUUGAAGUCAUCUACAGCUGCAUCGACAAGAUGAUACGCACUCCCGGCAACCAAGUCAUCCUCUGCCAAACCCAGCAAAGGAAUGCUGUGGAGGCAGAGCUUGGACGGUCACUCGUCGUGCUUGAUAUCUGCAACGCCAUGCAGGAGAGCUUCAUGGAGCUGAAGAUGAGUGUUCAGGAGCUCCUCUUAGCUCUCAGGAGAGGAGAAGAUGCAUGUGCUCAAGUCAAGUCGUACAUCCGUCUAAUGAAGAAGGCACAAAAACAGUUCAAGAAGAUCAGCAAGAAGACUGUUUCUGACGACGAGGACUGCAGGGUGAUGAUGCAAAUGGCUGAAGCGAGAGAGGUCACCAUCUCACUACUCGAAUCCACUUGCGGGACUCUGUCGAAGCAAAUUGAGAUGCCAAAGUGCUCCCUUGUCUCCAAGACAUUCCAGAAGACAAAAUUCGUUUGCCAAGAGGAGAAAUUGCGGGCACUGGAGAGCAGCAUCGGUGAUCUUCAGACCGGAGUGGAAUUUCUGUACAGGAGAUUGAUUCACAACAGAGUUUCGCUUCUGAAUAUUCUUAGCUUGUAG